CGAGUAGUAUCAGUGGAUGGAAAAUGGCGACAUCGAAAAGUCAGCGUUGGAUGGUAGAUUCGGGCAUUCUGCGUAAAAGAAAUGGAGAAGAGGAACCACAGGAGCUGUUGGUGUUUGGAUAUAGCUGCAAAUUAUUUCGAGAUGAUGACAAGGCGAAAAUGAUUGAUCAAGGAAAGCAUUUGAUACCAUGGAUGGGCGAUAGCACGUUGAAAAUAGACAGGUCCGUUUCCCUAACCUAGACAAAUUUAUCAUCUAGGAUAUUUAUUCUUACAUAAAUGCACCGUACAUAUAACCUUUAGAAGAACGAUUAAUCGAAGCUAAACGAAAUGCAGCAAUUGGGAAAAUUCAAGCAUAAAAAUGGUUUACGUACGGAUAAGCAAUUUGGAGACUGUUUAAGGUUUCUGCAGGUGUCUUGGCUGCUUGAACAGGCGGUGUGGAAGCGCGAUAUAUACGCGCUCUGCACGGCCGUAGAGCAACGUGCUCUCAUUGACGUUGGUGUUUGUGGCUGACCGUCGGCGCAGCAGCAAGGUGAGACACAGCGUAGAGAGACAAUCGGCAGCUGACGAUUGUAGGUGUACUACAAUCGUUCAGCAUGAUACGAUGGACGCGGUGCUCUGGGGGACUUGCGGAUAUACGAACCACCGACAGGUGGGUUCGAUCAACGAACCAUCUUGACGGAAGAUGAAAUAAAAGUGGAACAAUUAUGCGACGAAGAGCGGUAUCGGUCUCUUUACAAUAACGAAAUGGAAGAUUCCGUUUAUCACGAGGAAGAAAUGAAACGAUUGCAUCAAGCUUUGGAUUCUGAGAAUACGUACAGUCAAGUGGCGUACGACUACAACGAGGAGGGAAACGGAUCCAAAAUGGCGUGUGACGAUUCCCAGAGUCCAAAACGUUCGGAGGGUUCUCAAGAAGAAGAUCAGGCUUUCGUCCCACCGGCUGAUUUGGAAAUUCCAGAAGGGAUUCCGUUGCCGGAAACGCAAAAACUGAAUGCCAUCAUAACAAAAACGGCGUUGUUUAUAAGUCGUCAAGGUGGACAAAUGGAGAUUCUGAUUAAGGCGAAGCAAGCGAAUAAUCCACAAUUUUCCUUCCUGUCGAUAGACGGACGGCUUCAUCAAUAUUACAGAUGUAUACUGGACGCGAUCAAGAGUGGGAAAUAUAAUCCCGAAAAACAGCCGGAGAAAGAAGAAUCCGAACAAGAAGAAGGAUCAUCCGAUCAAGACGACGAACCGUAUCUUCAUCCGAGCUUGGCUUCGUCGUUCACCAAGAUCGAAGCGGCACCCAGUAUACCGAGUAUACAGUACAAACCAUCGGCGGAUUGUGCUUAUUCGAUGCUUGUAAAUAAAAUAACCGGGAAACCACCGCCAUCGAAAGCACCGGCCCAGCAUUCCGAAACAACGAUUCAAUCGGCAACCGGAAUAGGAUAUUAUCAUCACGUGCCAGGACAGAGCUAUAACGCUUAUUCGAACACGGUUACGGGGACAGGGACGAUGAGUGGAGCGGGGACAGGGAUGGCUACGACAGCGAUCACGCCUGUACAGUAUUCCCAUGGGCCGGUGAUAUACGGGCCAAAUGGGCAGAUACAAUCGCCGUUGCAAAUCACGGUGGCGAACAUGCUGCCAUCUGCCAGCGAAAUGGUGAAUUCGUCGCAGAUCACGACCAACGAAACUCAGCUACCGUUGGUACCGUACGGAUCCACGUCCCAGAAACAAUUGAGCAGGCCUUCUUUUAUCGUUCCACCGGCGGAUGUGCAAAUAAUCAUCGACAAAAUGGCCAGUUACGUUGCGAAAAAUGGUAGGGAUUUCGAGGCGAUCGUGAAGAAUAAAGGAGACCCGAGAUUCAAUUUUCUCGAGUUGUCGCACCAGUAUCACGGUUACUACGCGCAUAAGUUGACGAUAUACGAGGGUGCUGUGAACCCAAAGGUAUUGACGGAGGAGGAGUUGUUGCAGAAGCAGGAGCCCCAAGAGGAGAAGCAAAAGAAGCUGGAAGAAUUGCAGAAGAAGCAGCAGAGGAUGGAAGAGGUUCAGAAAAGAGUGAAAAUGAUACAGGCAAAAAAGAAGUGCGAGCCGAAAUUGAAAGAGGCGACGUUGGGGAUGGGAACGACGGCCACGGCGCUGGCGACGACGAUUGCCACGACGGCGACGGCGACAACGACCACUACGACGACGACGAUGACGACGACAACGACGCUGACAACGACCACGACGACGAUGACGACGACGACGGGGACGAUGACGUCUACCACAACCAUGACGAGCAUGUCGACCGUGUCGACCAUGCCGACGGUGUCGACGAUGACGACAACGACCAUGACGACGAUGAUGAUGAUGACAACGACUACGGGGACGACUACUACAACGACCACGACGAUGACAACGACGACAACCUCGUCGUCGUCGUCGACGACGAUGAUGGCGACAGCUGCAACGACGACCGCGGCGAGCACAGAGGGUGUAAAACAGAUAACGACCGUGUCGUUCUCGAUAAAGAAGCCAAAGGACGGCGAGACGGGGGUGAUCGAGAAGCGAAACGCGCUCUUGUUGGAGGAGAGCGACGAGGACAUGGAAGAGGAGGGGAAAGAAAUUGGAAACUCGAAGCCGAGCUCGCCGCAAGAUUCGAGCGAGCAGUGCGCGCUCGUGGUUCUCGGGACCUCGACCUCGACCUCGACCUCGACCUCGACUUCGACCUCGACCUCGACUUCGGUCGAGAAGGAGAACGUGGUGGUCGGUGGAACGUGGAAGUCGGAGAAGAAGUGGAGGAACGAGGAGAAGGAAUUGGUAGAUCUUACGGACGAGAUUCUGGAGGAUUGCCAGAAGGAGAUCAGGCACAAACAGGCGGAAGAGAGAAUCAAGGACAAAUUGGUGGCGGCUGCUAGGGACAAAUUGGCGGCCAACUCGAGGGAGAGGCAGCUCCAGUUGGAGAGGAAGAAGAAAGCGGCCGCGUUCCUGAGCCAGAUACAGAGUAGCGGUUUACCGAAGGGGGCCGGGGGGGCGGCGGCGAAUCAGACAGGGGCGAGGUGCAAAGACGAUUCGGACGAGGUGCACUCGGUCCCGUCUCCGUCCCCCUCGCCGUCGCUCGAGGACGCGAAAUCCUCCUCCUGCGACUCGAGGAGCACGGGUGGAAAUUCAUUGAUGGACAGAUUGAAGAGCGCCGAUUUGACCGGGAAAAGGUCUAGGCCGCGGUCGAGGAGUCCAAGCGGGAGUCGAAGUUACACAGAUAGGCAAAAGUUUCACAAGAAACAUAAAAAGAAGAAAAGUUCUCACAGAAGCAACCACGACAGUCCGAGCAGUUCUCGAUCACACAGAUCCAAGAAGAGCAAGAAGUCCUCUUCCAAGCAUAGGUCUCCGUCGCGAACACCGUCUCGAAGGCAUCAUCAUAGCGCGCGGCGAAAGGGAAGCAACUCCUCGUAUUCGGAUUCGAGCUCAUCUUGAGAGCGUGCUCUCCUCGUAUUUGCAUACGCGCGUAAAAACUUAAACUCUACACGUACGGCACAUAUAUACAUACAUAUAUACGUGUACGCAUACGAGUUAUAUAUAAGUGUGCGUGUAAAUACGUAUGUAUACAUAGUUUCGAGGAUAUCUAUGUUGAUGAUUAAUGAAUGCGUCGACGAUAAUCGAAGGGUUCGUAACAAAAACGAUCCUUCGAGAAAACAAGGUCACGAAACACAAGAUUCACCGCAAUUUUACGAUUAUUGGUUAUAGAUGUAUCAUUUCUUCUGCGCGAUUGCGAUUGCGAUUCAAGGGAAAAAACAAGGGUUUGUUGACGUUCGUGUAACGAAUAUCAUUUUGUAAGCGAAAAUGUAAAUUGGAUGGAAAGGCGAGGAUCCGUUCUUUUGAAGAAGGAUUGGGGGAAAAAAAAGUCGGCGAGGGUCGUUUUUGAUACGAAUCCCUUUUCAAUUUAAUAUAACUUUUGUCCAAUGAGAAAUAAAAAAAAAAAAAAAAAAAAAAAAAA